AAAUGAAGCGGGAAAAAAAACAAGAAGAAAAAAAAAAGGGAGCAGGAAAAAAAAUGAAUAAAAAAGGCAUGAAUGAAGGAAAAAGGGAAGAAGAAGAAGACGAAAAAACAAAGAAAAUACAAAAAAAAAGGGGAAGACAAAAGAAAAAACGAAAAGGGAAAAACAAAAAAAAGGAAAGAACGAAAGAUAAAGGGAAGAACAAAGGAAAAAGGGAAGAAGAGGAAGACGAAAAAAAAAAAAAUACAAAAAAAGGGGAAGACAAAAGAAAAAGAGAAGAUGAAAGAAAAAAAAAUACAAGAAAAAAAAGAGGAAUAAAUAAAAGAACAAGAAAAGAAAAAGGCCAAAGAAAAAAAAACGAAAU